GACAUGGGCGGGUCCUCGGCGACUUUUGCUCGAAAGGUUUUCAAAAGCCUGGAUAUCAAUCAGUGCCCACCGCCGAUCUGACCGCCGAUGCUUUCUUUGCCUUCCAGGGAUUCGACGUCAUCCACAGUGCACAGUAUUUCUCUAGGGCCCCGUUGCCACCGACAGUCUCAACCCCGAUUCGACGGCCAUAGAACGACAUGACCACCCACACACCGCACACGAGGACGAAAGGUCACAGGAACGCCCCAGUCGCAUCGGCACCAGCGAAGCUCUGCGCUGUGUGCAAAGUGGAGCCUUUCAAAUACAAGUGUCCGACUUGCAAAGCCCCAUACUGCUCGUUGGUCUGCUAUAAGACGCAUAGAGAAACACCAUGUGCGCCGAGUUCACCUACCCCGGAGCUUUCCACACCUGCUACAACAACUGCUGCAAAAUCGAACAUUAAUGUUGAAGACGAUGAGACCAAACUUAGUGACGAGCAACUGGCAGGUCUAGAACACUCCGACCACGUCCGGAUGCUUGUAACUUCCACAGAACUGCAACGCAUCCUCACUGAACUCGAUGGUACACAGAACCCGCAGAAAGCAUAUGAAGCUGCGUUGCAGAACAGUGAGGUUUUUAGGGAAUUCGUCGACCGGGCGUUGGAGGCUGUGGGGCGGGCGCCUGAGGGGGUGGAUGGUGCGCCGUGAAAUGAGACGCAAGUAGGAAGAUUGCAUCUGAACGGUGCAUAGUGGCUUGCUGCAUUGCAAGAGUUAUUUAGCCCCCGCUGUG